AUGGAGAACCUACCUCAACAAGAAGCUGCUCAAGCUGGUAUUGGUCAAGGAGCUGCCAACCUUAGACCUGAGCGCCAGCCACAACACCCUCCACGCCAAACUAGAGCCGUCGGGGCCUAUGAUCAACCUCACAUCAAUGGUCAUAGGUUGGGAAUCAGAGCACCUGCUGUGGAGAUCAACUACUGUGGCUUGUCCAAGACCAAUGGAGUGUCAGAAGAUGCUUUGAAGCUCAGGCUCUUCCCUUUCUCUCUGGGAGACAAGGCAAGACAGUGGGAGAAGUCUCUCCCAAGCGACUCUAUCACUACUUGGGAUGAGUGGAAGGAAGCCUUUCUAGACAAGUUCUUCUCCAUCUCCAGGACAGCUAAGAUCAGGAAUGAGAUCUCUAGGUUUCAGCAGAGGAACUUAGAAAGUUUCAGUGAGGCAUGGGAGAGGUUCAAAGGCUACCAAGCUCAUUGCCCACACCAUGGCUUCUUCAAAGAGAGCUUGUUGAGUACUUUCUACAGGGGAGCUAUACCACAGUGCAGAAACAGACUUGAUACAACCAGCAAUGGAUUCUUCUUGGGCAGAAACGAGGUGGAUGCAGAGGAGCUGAUAGAGAACAUGGCCAAGAGCGACUCAGUAUACAGUGAGGAUCAUGAUAGAGUCAACAAAAGUGAUGAUCAGCAGACCAAGAAAGAGCUCAAGUCUUUGGAAGAGAAGCUGGACCUACUUCUUGCCAACAAAGCUAAGCUGGAUCAGAUGAAAUCAGUUGGGGAACAACAACAAAAGCAGGUUGCUGAGAUCAAGAAGAUUGAUGGUUUGGAAGGGCAAGAGGAGUUGUGCUUCAUCAACAGCAAUGGUACUUGGUACAAAAAGGAACCUAACUUUCAGUACAACAAAUACCAGCCUAGGCAAAACACACCUCCUAGUUUUGGGAACAACAACAAUCAGUCCACUCAAGCUCAAGGAAACUCUUCUCAAGCUACAACUCCUGAUUCAAGUAUGGAGUCAAUGUUCAAGCAGAUAAUGGAUGCUCAGUCUAGAUUAGCAAAGGACAUUGGUCAUGAGUUCCAAACCGUGCACUCCAAGAUUGAUACUAGCUAUACCAAGCUGAACAACAAGUUCCUACUACUUGCCUCUUGCUUCAACGCUUUGGAGAGUCAGGUCGCCUCUAUGCCAUCAUCUUCCAAGAGCCCAAUGGGAUCACUACUAGGAAAACCAGAUAAGAAUCCCAAGGAGUCUUGCAAUGUUGUCAUCUCUACUACUUCUUCAAAGAUUGAGCUGAGUGAUCAUGAGAAAGAGGUGGAUGAGAUUGAAAGACUUUUGCAUGGAACAGAGAUUGUAGCAACAGCUGAAGCACAUAUGGUGGAUAAGGUUAUGGAAAGGGUUCUGGUGCAAGUUGACAGGAAAGUUGAAGCAACAAAUCUGCAGAGAGCUGAGCCUAGGGCUGAGAAACAAGUUGAGAGGAGAGCUGACAACAAGCUGAAAUAG